GCCGCGGACCCCAAGCCGGCGGAGAUCACGGAUGUGCCCCCGGUGGAUCGCGGGGCCGCGGAGCCGCCAGAAGAGGCUCCCAGGAGCAGUAAUGAAAAGACUGAUGGUAAGAAUGAUGUUGAAGAAUCCAGUAAAUCUUCCUCUGCUGUUUCACAGAGAAGAAAGCGAAUAUCAAGUACUCCUACUCUGGUUAAGCCUAGUGUCAGUGUUCCUUCAGAGCCUCAUCCCUUAUCUGCAGUUAAUCAAGAAGAUCCACAGCCACACCCAAUACCAACAAAAGAGAAACAGCCAUGCUCCGACAGAUACCGAAUAUAUAAAGCCCAGAAACUGAGAGAAAUGUUAAAAGAAGAAUUAAGAAAAGAGAAGAAACAAUGGAAAAACAAAUAUGCCAUAAAUGAAAGUCAGAGACCACCAGAUCGUUCAAAAAUGACUAUGAGAGACUUCAUAUAUUACUUGCCAGAUAGCAAUCCAAUGACUUCCUCACUGGAGCAAGAAAAGAAAACUGAAAAGUCAUUGACACCAGUUCAGACAAGAGAGCAAGAAGAUAAGAGUACACCUGAUGUUGAAGAUAAUGAAGAACUGGAAGAAGAGAUGGAUGAUGGCCCAUUGCUGGUUCCCCGAGUAAAAGUGGCAGAAGAUGGUUCUAUAAUUUUGGAUGAAGAAAGUUUAACUGUAGAAGUUUUAAGGACCAAAGGCCCCUGUGUUGUUGAGGAAAAUGACCCCAUAUUUGAGCGUGGCUCUACAACUACAUAUUCCAGCUUUAGGAAAAACUAUUAUUCUAAACCAUGGUCAAAUAAAGAAACAGAUAUGUUUUUUUUAGCCAUCAGCAUGGUAGGAACUGACUUUUCUAUGAUUGGACAACUUUUUCCUCACAGAGGAAGGAUAGAAAUUAAGAAUAAAUUUAAACGUGAAGAGAAAACAAAUGGAUGGAGAAUAGACAAAGCAUUCCAGGAAAAGCGCCCUUUUGACUUCGAUUUUUUUGCUCAUUUGCUUCAGAAAGUUCUUGCUGACGAAGAGAAAAGAAAACAAAAAUCCCUUAAAAAUCAAAGUUUAAGGGAGAAGAAAUCCUCUAAACCACGGAAAAAUGUAAAAGUGAAAAAAGUUGCCAGUGAAGGAGUGACUGAUAACCCAGAUGAGUCUGUGAGUGCUACAAUUUCAGACACAGAAGAGUCUCAAAAGGAUGCUCAGACAGUUCAGGAAGAACUGCAGUCUCUGACUUUAUCAGGACAGGAUUCAGAACAGAUUGCAUUAGAACCAGACCUAAAUCUAGAGAAAAGAAGUAAAAAUCAAGAUGAAGUUGGUAAACAAGAAGUAAAAAAUCUUUCAGGAAAUGCCACUGUUCAGCCAGGACCUUCUAAAGGAGAAAAACAGAAAAAUAAAUGUCCAUUUUUAAGGCCUGAGAGAAAUGAAGAUGAAGGUAAUAAGGAACAGAAGCUUUCCUGUGUACAGACCUUCAAUGAAGUUGAGGAUUUAUCCUCCAGGGACAAAGUUGUGAAUAAAACCGACCCACUUCUUUCAUUAAGUAGUCAACAAGAUGCUACAUCAGUAACAACUGGGGCUUCAGAAUCAAUCACUUCAGAUUUGCAUUCAUUAGAAGUUGGAAUUAGAGUCUUAUGUGAGGUGAAUAAUGCUGAGAGUAGUUGUACAGAAGAAAGAAAUGUUGAACUAAAAAAUACAUCACUGGAAUCUGAUCAAGCAGAAAAUGUUAAACCUAUGGUAAGAGGACGAUUCCAGAGACCUAAACCCAAUUUAUCAAGGGCUGUUGGGAAGAAACCAAUUCUUUCACAAGGUAAAACAGAUGCCAAGAGCAAGAAUUUAAAUCCAGAAGCUUCAGUUGAAAAGACUCACGUGGAAAAGGAUAAAAUGAAUUCAUUUGACAUUUCUGGACUGGAGAAUACAGUGAGAGAGAACUCAGAAGCUGAUACUGUAUCUAAUUUGAGUGAAAAAAUGAAUCUGCAGGAAGAUAAUCAACCAAAGGCUUUCAGACCUGCACGACUGAGGGCCCGAUUACAAAGGCCAAAGCCAAAUGUAGUUAAAGCUGCUGGAAGAAAAGAAAUCCUUGCAUCACAAGAAGAAAUUGGGGCCAAUGUAGAAAAGAAUGAAAAUGAAUCCUGUGUUGAUAUAAAUACUCCUCAACAAACAGAAGAUCAGUUACGUGACAUCACCUCACAAUCUGAAAAAAAAGAUACUUCUUUUCAAAAUGUGCAACCAGAUGAGCCCAAGUCUCUUAAUGAAUGUCCAAGUAUUCAAGAGGAUAAUGAAGCAAAUAUACUCAAACAAGUUCCAGUUCUAAGGAAUCGAUUUCAGAAACCAAAGCCAAAUACAGGAAGAAGAACUGGAAGAAGAGACAUUUCCUCAAAGGAAGAGGUGCCAGAGGAGAUUGUUGUUUCUGGGAAAAAGACAGCAGCAAGACUAGAAACCUCGCCAAAAGAGAAGGUACCAGUGGAGGCUAGCACUACAAAGGAAACUGAGUCAAAGUUAAAAGAAACUGAGAGAAGAGACAUCUCUCUCAGGGAGAAGAAACCAGAAAUGAUUGACUUCACUGUGGAAACGGAGACAGAUUUGAAAGAAACUGGAAGAGAGAUUUCUCCAAGGGAGAAGAUUCUGGAGGUGACUGGUGCCAUUGAGGAAAGAGAUCCCGAUUUAGAAGAAACAGAGGAGAGAGAAAUAUCCACACAGGAAGCGGAGGCAGGUUUGAAAGAACAUGGAAGGGAGAUUUCUCCAAGGGAAGAGAUACCGGAGGUGACUAUGACUAAUACCACUGCAGAAAGAGAGACGGACUUGGAAGAAACCAGGAGAAGAGAAAUACCCACACAGGAAAAGGGCCCAGAGGUCUACACUGUAGGGGAAGAGGAGGCAGGUAUGAAAGAACCUGGAAGGGAGAUUUCUCCAAGGGAAGAGAUACCAGAGGUAACUAUAACUAAUGUCACUGAGGAAAGAGAGAUGGAUUUAGAAGAAACUGAGAGAAGAGAAAUGUCCACACAGGAAAAGGCCCCAGAGGUCUACACUGUAGGGGAAGUGGGGACAGAUUUGAAUGAAACUGGAAUGGUGAUUUCUCCAAGGGAGGAGAUACCAGAGGUAACUAUGACUAAUGCCAAUGAGGAAAGAGAGUCGGAUUUGGAAGAAACAGAGAAAAGAGAAAUAUCCACACAGGAAAAGGCCCCAGAAGUCAACACUGUAGGGGAAGCAGAGGCAGGUUUGAAAGGACCUGGAAGGAAGAUUUCUCUAAGAAAAGAGAUACCGGAGGUGACUAUGACUAAUACUGCUGCGGAAAGAGAGACAGAUUUGCAAGAAACCAGAAGAAGAGAAAUACCUACACAGGAAAAGGCCCAAAAGGACAGAAUUAUAGAAGUGGAGGCAGAUUUGAAAGAAAUUGGAAAAGAAACUUUCUCAAAGGAAAAGGUAUUAGUGGGGAUCAGUGCCAUAGGGAAAAGGGAGAUUAACUUGAAAGAAACUGGAAAAAGAGACAUUUCUCUGAUGGAAAAGAUGGCUGUCUUUAAGGUAACAGAGGCAGAUUUGAAAGAAACUGGAAGACAAAUUUCCUUGAGGAAAAUUGUAUCAGAAGAGAUCAGUGCUACAGAAGAAAUGGUGUCAGGUUUGGAUAAAACUGAAAAAAUGGGUAUUUCUCUAAGGGAAAACGAACCAGAGGAGACUGGGACCUCACUACAAACUGAGACAGAUUUAAUGCAGAGCAGAAGUGCUGAUUGCAGUGCUGUGCCUUCACUAAAUAUCAAAAACAUUAGCAAUGAAGUCCUAUCUGUGGUGCAUACACCUGUAGAGGAAAAGGGAAAUUCUGAAAAGGAAGUGUCCAGCCAGUUGAGUCAUUGGAAGACUUCUUUGAAGACUUCUGAACUUGCUAAAACAGAAGACCAGGGGACACCAUGUGCAGAUGUUCCAGAGCAAUUUUCAGAUACUAAUUCAAGCAAAUCUCUUCCUCAAGAACAGAAGCCAUUUAAACCAGCACCUUUUAUGAGAAGUCGAUUCAAAAGACCAAAACCAAACUUAUCAAGAGCAGCUUUAAAAAGAGAGACUAUGGAAGCAGGAAAACAUAUACCUGGGAAGAAUUUGGAAGUGGAUAAAAUAGAGACUAUUAUGAUACAACAGGAUGGUGAACAAAUGAACAUUCUCCCUUCUCAAUAUGAUGCGUCUUCCCUGAUGACAUCAAGAGAAAAAGACAAAUCAGAUCUCAGGCAAGAGGAGGCUGGGAUGUUACCAUGUGAACUGACAGAAAAGAACCUUUCACCUUCAAGUUUUUGUGAAUCUGAAGAGGCCUCUGAGUCUACACAAGCCCAGGAAAAGGAAUUAUCUAUUUCUAUGGGGACUCAUAAUAACAUAAACACUUUUCAACAAGAAAUAAAAGAAAGUAUUAUCCAUCCUACUCGACCAGUUAGGGGCCGCCUUCAGAGACCUAGACCAAACAUAAAAAAGGCUGGACAGAGGCAAAUGGUAGAAAAAGGUGAAGCCAAAGGCAUAGUUGAAGAAGAAAGGACAAAAUUACAAAAAGAUGAAACUAAAAAGAAAUUGCUGAGUGUGCCAAAUUAUCAAAUUGGAACUGAAAUUGAAGUUAUAUCCUCCAAAGUUUCUGAAGGAAGAAUGUAUGAAAAUCAGAGUCACGUGGCUCUUCUAGAAAACCUUCAUGUUAACAAAGUUGAUGUUUUAGAUAAAAAGAUGAGCCCAGGACAAUUGAUAAGAAGGCAGUUCCAAAACCCUGAGCCAAAUUUGGGAAGAGCACAUGAUAAGAAAGAGGAAAGAGUUAUAGAAAAAGACAGAGCAGAUCUGGGUGAGGCCUGGAAGCCAGAAGAUAAUUUGCUGCAGCAAGGAGAUUCUGACACCCAGCUCCUUCAGAAAGAAAAAGUUGAGCUUCUGACAUCUCUGGAGGUUUCAGCAAGAAAAGAUUGUGUAGGUUCCAAAGAGGCUGGUUUGACCAAGAAAGAUCUUCAGUCAGAAGUUGAACCAUCAGGAAGUGUUGGACAGAAAACUGUAGGGGAUAAUUCUGUGUCUUCAGUUGUUGAAGAGCAGCAUCUCAGUAAAUUAGCAAGCCAUUCACAACUGUUAAAAGAAUCAAAUUACUCUAAAAUUGCUCUCAAUCAAAGAACAGCUAUCUCUUCUGCCUCUGGAUAUGAGGUGGAUCAUACUGAAAGGAGAAUGCAUCGAAAGAUCAAACCAACUGUGAACAAAGGGCGUGGAUCAAAACGAAUUCGGAGUAAGACUUCUAAGAAGGAACCUAGAGCUCCCAAGGCCAUGCUGGUGACUCUUCGGGCUUCCCAGGAAGAGGAUGAAGAUGAUGCUGAAGAUUUUGAAUCUGCCUAUGAAGAAGAAAGCUAUCAUCUUGCUCCAGAAGAAAUAAACAAAGCUCCAGUGUUUGUACCUGUUGGUCUCAGAUCUCCUGAACCUGUUUCUACUCAUAUUGAGGAAACGAUGGAAGAGCUUGAAAUAACCGUGAAUGUCCCAGAUAUUGGAUUCAUAACUGUUGAUGAACAUCAGCUCUCAAACACAGAUGUGACCACUCAGGAAAUGAAACAAGAAGAAAACUUGAAUGUAUUAUCAGUUGAAAUGACCACAGGUGAACAUACCCAAGAUGAAACAGAAACCAACGAUGGAAGCACUGAAGCUGCCAUUACUUUACUUACAAUGGGAGAUCUGGUGUUGCAAUCAGGGAUCAGUACAGAACAGAGUGAUGGAAUAUGUGUACUUCCUAGUGUUCAUUCAAAGGAUAAAAGCCAUAUUCCUUUUAACCCAGAGAAUGUCAGUGACAAAAUUGUUUAUGAAUGUCAGGAGCUUUCUUCACCUGUCCAAAGUAUACCUCUUUCAUCAUCAGAAGAAAACAAGAUUGAAUUGGAGGAACAAAGUACUAAAGAAGAAAUUGGUUUAAUGGAGAAAGUAAAGGAAAACGCUAGAUCAACCAGGAAUACAACUUCAGAGGUGACCAGUAAUCUCAGAAUGAGGAGGAGAUUUGCCAAGCCUAAGCCAAAUCUUAGGAAGAUUUUAGGGACCAACAGAUUUGGUGCUCAUCAGGAAGUUCCCAGUUUGCUUGUAACCAAAGGAGAAGUGGAAAUUCAAAGAGAAACGGAGAAAAAUGCUCCUAAAGCAACGGGAUUAGAAGAUAAAAACCUUGAAUCAGAAACAAUAGCAGAGAAUAAGGAGCAGAGCAAAUUGGCACAUGACCAUGGCAUUGAAGAGACCAGUAUUUUGCAGGAAGCAAGCCUAAAGGAAAGAAAGGAAGAUCAAGCACAGGGAUCUCAAGAAGUUCAGAUAUUGUCAUUUGCUCCAGUUGUUUCCUCUGAGACAAGCUCCCACACACUUGGUGUGGGUAGGGGUCUUAGUGAGAGUUCUGUUGGAGAGCCCCUGGGAAAGGACUCGAAUGGAGACAAUGUGCUUACACCUCAUGUCCCAGAGUGUAUACCAACUAGUACUCCAGAAGUCCAACAAGAGAAUGUAAGCAAUCCUCAGGAUUUAGCAGUCAAUCUAGUUGGUGACGUACAUCAUGAUGCUGAGGAAGAGCAAGCAUUCAUUUUAACUCUGGUGGAAAUUCCAACCGAUGCAGUACAAGAAUUUACUGAAAACUCUACACAGUUAAUGCCAAACCCUUUACUGCCAGCGCCCAUAUUGGUCAAAUCAGUGACUACAGAAGAAAAGGGGGACAUGAGUAUGAAUUUUCCAGUAACUUCAGUUGGUCAAGAUGCCAUGUGUUUAUCUAAUUCUGGAAGUGAUGCUUCUGAAAAGCCUCCUGCUAAUUUGGAUCUUAUGUCUAGGAAGAGAUUUCAUUGUAGGUCUGAUGAAAGUGACCAUGUUCCUCCUGCCAAAAAACAUUCACUCACUUUGAGAGAUGAUUGUCAAGAAUAUAUCUCUGAGGUGUGUUCAAAGGAAUUAAUAAAUGUUUUUGAGGAAACAGGGAAGUCUUACGAGGGACAGAAUAUCUUCCCUACUUCAGAAAGCACACAUACAACACCAGAACCUCAGAAAGAGCAACUUGAAGCAACUUUUCAGAGUAUGGGAUCUAGACCUCUUGAUAAAAUAAUAGAUACACAUAUAGAAAAGAAUACACCUCAGUUACCUCAGAAUAAGGUGAUUGUGUCUGAUAAGGAAGAAGGAACUUGUGCAGCUUCUAAGUCUGAACAAGUGGAUAGCAUCACAUCAUCUUCAAAAACCCCACUAUCCAGACCUGGCAGAAGACCCCUGGGAUUUUUGUCUUUAAUAUGUUCAAAGAAUAGUUUGGAGUCUGAUGAACCUACUCAGGUUCAUAGAAAGAAACGCCUAAAACCCCUUAUACCUAUAUCAAGACAGAAUUUGAAAAGAUCCAAUCCACUUAGUGAAAGCCAGAAAAAAGUUCAAGAGUCCUCUAAUAUGCUUCCAUCUCCAAGUGUUGUUAAUACUCAAUCUGAGAAUAUUGGCAGUUCAGCAACUCAGGUUUCUUGUGAUCGUUCCUUACCAAAAGAAGAAUGUAAAAGUGUCCAAAACCAGGCACUUGAAGAAGAGCCAACCACAGUCUCUGAAUAUUUCUUUAGUGAUAUUUUUAUUGAAGUGGAUAAAACAGAAUGAAAGUUGUUUUUUUUUAAGUCUGGGAUUUCCAGACUUAAAAAAGCAUCAUGUUUGUUUUUCUGUAUGCUGAUUUUGAGUAUUUAAUGAGCUUGAUUUGAAGUUUUCAUAAUCAGUGGGAAACAUUGCUAAGGUUCCUUCUAUUCUGACUGAUUCAGCAUUUUGGAAUUACCAAGCAAUUAAGACUGCUUUUUCAGACAGAAAUAGUACCUCUUGUUUACAUUUUGACUCUUCAUGUACUGAAAACACAUGGACAUUUUGGAAUGUUGUUCACCGAUAAACAUCUGUAUAAAUCCCAGUGCUGAUGUACUUGGAGGUGGGUUAUAAUUAACACUUAGCAAACUACUUUUGUGAAGGUUCUUUCUGUUUGGAUUUUUCUUUGGGUGAUUAGGCCUUUUCAGUUGCCUCUAAGUAUAUGACAGUCAAUUGUUAAAAACUUUUCUAUUAUCAGCUAUUUGACUGACUGAAAAAUAUGUAUUUUUCUAAUUCAUGUUAACAUUAGUCCUAAUUGAAGAACUAGUAUUUAAACUUAUUAUUUAUAAAGAUGAAACAUCAAAAGCUUAUUUAUUUUUAAAAAUUUUAUUUAAAAGGAUAUUCAGUUUUAAUUAUUUUCACUCUUCAGAAUAUGGGUAAAGAAGGCAUUAACAAUUUGUCUCCUUUCCUUCUUUAAUUUUAAAGAUAUUUAAAGUGAUAUAACAAAGUAUUUGGAUAGUGUAUAUGUUUUGAAUACAUUUUUUUCUCAUAGUUUUAGUAUAUUGACUUUGUACUGUGAAUGUUUUGUUUUUCUUAUUUCUUGGAUAAUCUCAGGAUUUGUAUGGAAAAGAAAAUACCUUACCGUCAUUUAUGAGGCAAAUUUCCAUACAAAAGUCAAUCUCCUUUACACACACACACACACACACACACACAUUCCUUUUUAAAGAAAAAUAAUUUAAUAGUUUUCCCCCCAUUAAAUUCUGCUUAAGGAAUAUUUAGGCCUUUAAGUACAGAACAUAAUUGUGAUAUUAAAAACAGAAAAUAAGACUAUUAAGUCAGGGAUUAUCAAUAUGAACUUGAGUUUUCAAUUUUGUGAUUUACAUAUGUAAUUCUAUUAUUCACCCAAGUAAAUCUUCAGUGUAGUUCAAUUAAGCUUCUCAAAAUGCAGAUUUACCCUGAGUUGAUAAAAAAUUAGUCAGGAGUCAGAAACAUGUUUUCACAAAAUAGUUUUGAGUUUAUUUGGGCCAGAUGGCCUCUGUGGCAACUACUCAAUUCUGCCAUUUCAGUUGAAAAUAGCCACAGACAAUACGUAAAUGAUGGACAUAGCUGGAUUGCGAUUUUAGUUUGACCCUCUGUGUGAGACAGUAAUUUUCUUACCUUAAGGUGCUGAUGUCUUUAGCUAUGAGAUAUUUUUGUCAUUGAAGUUAUAAGUUGUGCCUAACUAAAGUAUUGAUUGCGUUAUGGGAUGAUCAGUAUUUCAUGGGAAGAUAUUUUAAUGUCUAGAUAAUUGUGUUUGUAUAUUGAAAAAAACGGAGGACAGUUUUCAAGUUCAUUAGUAAAAUAGGAUAUGGCUCAGGAGGAAGUACAACAGUAAUCCUAAUUAAUUAAAACAAUUGAUAUUAGAGCAUUUCUUCAUUUUAUUAUAGUGAAACUUAUAGUUUAACUUUUUUUCAUAAAGGAGGAUCUAUAAAUAUGAGUGGGAAUUCUCUGUAGGUAUGCAUUUAUUUAUUUCAUGUGAUCACAAGAAUCAUGGUAAUAAAUCACAUUGCUAUUUUAAUGCCUUGUUUUUAUAAAUUUUUUAAAAUCUCAUUCUGAAAGAUUUUUAUCAUUUGAUUAAUAUUAAUUUGGGUGUUAGGUUGCCACAAUCAAACUAUUAUUUUAUCUCUUAUAUAACAUUUAUGUUUUAACUUUGUUAAUGUCUGUAUCUUGUUCAUCUGCAGUGAAUUAAUUUUAUGAAAGAUUUAACUUCUUACUGUAUAAAGAUUAAUUUUAUCUUUUGGGCAUUUAUUAUAAUAGAGAAUCAAGUCACCCAGCUAAAUUACCCUGCUAUUAUAUCCUUAAAACUAAUCUUGGAGAAAGAGAAUCUUAAUCAGUGUAUUUAUUUACCUUUUAAGGUGGAAAGACGUGUUCAUACCUGUAUUUAAUCUAAUUCAUGUAAAGAUGAUGUUGGGAAGAAUUUGUAUUUUAUGAAUCUUAAAAGAGUUAUGAUUAUAACGGUCUUUAUUUUUUCUUGAUUUUUUUCCUCCUGAACACUUACAUCUUAGCAAAUGGUGAACAUGAUGGAUUAAAAAACUAAUUUGUUGGUAAAUGAUUGAGGCACAAAUAAAAAUAUAUCUACUGUUUACCACUAUAUUAGUUGAAAUAGAAGUGACCAUGUAUACAUACUAUCUUGCUUGAAGAAGUCUUUGACAAAAAAGCAAUAUCUGUCAUUUGUAAAUUUUCUUGUUUUAAAGAAAGCAAUUAUGUUCUACAGAUAUAAAUUAUGUAAAUAAAAGUUAUUUUAUAUUAUU